AUGACACGAAGGUCAAUCACGUCCAGCACAUCUUCGGACGUACCCUAUCAUGUUAUGAAAGCCGAACUCGACGAAGGCGGGCUGAAGCCUGGUAACAAUGAUCGGGAAUUUACCGUGUUCCUCGAUCUGAAGUCAAAGUAUUCACGCAAGUUUCUAGACAGCCUUCGAGAACACGUCCAAUUUCGCGGCUUCGAAUGGGGGGAGUUACUGAGUUCAGAGGCUCUCCGACGAACAUGCGCUGAAAUUUUCGUUGAAAACGUUGGAAGGACGUAUUGGGGCACUGAAGAGAACCGGCAAAAGUAUUUGAUGGAAGAAUCAAUCAAGGAUCCGAACAGCCUCUGCGUAUAUCCCGACAGAAGGGAGGAGAUCAUCCGAACCAUCAUGAUCCUCCUCGAACGCAAAGCGAAAAGUGCUCUGAGAUUUUGCACUGACAAGGAUCCCUCGAAAGAUAACACUGCAAUCACUCCCCUCGAUACCAGUACGAACAUGGCAUCAAAACUGACAUGGUCUACCAAGCGUGUGAUGACGCCAGUGCCGCAUGUCGCCGUGCGAGUUGAACGCAAGCCCAAGCGCAAGUCCAAGAGUUUUUCGGACGAAGAAUACAGAGAGACAGACUCCGUCGUUGAUGACACGGAUGACGUCCAAGAACACACACCUCACAUGGCUCGUCCAGUGAAACGGUCCUCAACCACGGGAAUUCGCCCUUUCAAGUCGAUCAUGACUUCCCAAGAAUGCGAUAUGGAGUCUGAUAGCGAUGUGAUGAUGGUGGACUGGAAGACCAAGUGGAGUGACCCUGCGAAGACGAAGCAGGAGCGCUCCCAUCCCUUCAAGACGGAGCCUAUCCCCGUGGCCCCUGUCAACAACUUCGAGAUCGAGAAGCCGGACUACUCUCCAAUCAAGAUGGAGCCACAAGCAAGCCGCAAGAAGAGAAAUUCCAAGAGCAAGAAGCAGUCGCUCAUCAGAUCGGAGUCGCAGGAAGUGAUGAUGAACCUGGACGAACCUGUUCCUGAUGACACCUUUACCACCACCACGGCUACUCCAGGCGUCGAAGCCAACCCGGAAGAUCCCGUCUAUUUCCUCGUCACCGCUACCUCCCAGCCAGGCAUGGGCUCGGUCUGGGUCCCUUACCGUGACUUCCGCUCGGCGGAGGAGUUCAUGCGCUACCUGCGACAGGAAUGCCGCCUGGACGACUGGAGCCCGUCCCGCCAGCUGAGCCACGACGUGAGCGGCCACACCCCGACCAUCGUGAAGCCCGUCGUUGUGGCAGCCUCCGUGAAGUUCGACUGGACCGACUUCGAGAUCCGCGUCCGCCAGAACCACGACCAGGACUGGGCGAUGGUGCAGCAGGAGCUGCAGAAGGCCAUGGAAGGUCGGGCCCAGCUUCUGGAAUCGGGAUCGUUGACGUCUGCCUACAAGAUCCGCGUCCUGUUGCACGUCGUGGAGGAGGAUAUGCUGCUCGUGUACCCUAGAGCUCACUGA